AUGACCCUGGUGGGUAUGGGAAACCAGAUGGAGCAGGUGGUGCUGGGUUGGUACGUCCUCACCCUGACCGACUCGCCCUUCCUGGUAGGGCUGGUCGGUUCGGCCAGGAUGGCCCUUAACUUCCUGGCCCUGUUCACGGGAGCAAUAGCGGACCGGGUGCCCCGGCAGCGGCUGUUGGCAGGGGUGGAGUUCGCCAUGGCCCUGCUGGGAACGGGGAUGCUGGUCCUGAUCGUCAGUGGACGGCUGGAGGUCUGGAACGCUACGCCAUAA